AUGUCAAAUUAUACAGUUAGGUGCAGUGAAUCUGUCCUGCUGUCAUAUGUUUUAAAAAACAAUGCAAAUUGCCUGGCCUUGGAUCAAGUCCAUUUUCCUAUAGAGAUCGUCAUCUGUCUUAAGUCAAAGCAGCUGUAUUUCUGGCAAGCACAACUAGCUAGUUUCAUAUGCAGCGUUCAGUUGAUGGCUGCUCAUCCUGUUGAAUCAGAAGCAAGCAUUGAAACAGAUAAUCACCCUUUACUGAUAGACCACAUGGAAACUACUGCUCAUCUCGAGAUUGCAAUUGACAGCCCAAGGGAUGAUGUUGCUUCAUCGUCAACCGCUCGUCGGGAGGAUAAUGAUGGCUUGGAUCGAUUGCCUCAUAUCUCAGAAGGUUCUUCGGAGACAACUACUGCAUCUAACUCUCAAAGUGCUCCUCUAGCAGGAAGAGAUGCUAAUCGUGCUCGUCGUCGGCAAAGUCCGUUGAAUUCUAGUUGCUGGAUCUCCAUUGAGCUUGUUGUAACAGUUAGCCAGAUUAUAGCGGCCAUUUGUGUUCUGUCAUUGUCAAGGAAGGAACAUCCACAUUCUCCAUUGUUUGAGUGGGUCAUUGGUUAUACGGUAGGUUGUGUUGCCACUCUUCCUCUUCUCUACUGGCGCUAUCUCCAUCGCAACCGCCCAACAACUGGGCAAGAACCAGCAAGUCAGAACUUCCCUCCGAACAGCAUACCUGAGUCCAAUUCUCACACAACAAAUUCGGCCCCUGGCAUGUCUGAAGCUGGUUUUGUAACUGACACAAAUGGAGUCCCGCAAAACAACAUGCUUACCAGAAAUCCCAGGGCCCAAGCUUAUGCCGAUCACUUCAGGAUGGCCCUUGAUUGUUUCUUCGCUGUGUGGUUUGUUGUGGGGAAUGUGUGGGUAUUUGGUGGACAUUCCUCUGCCCAUGACGCUCCCAACUUAUACAGGUUGUGUAUAGCCUUCCUCACAUUUAGCUGCAUCGGCUAUGCUAUGCCUUUCAUUCUGUGCGCAUUGAUAUGUUGCUGCCUUCCCUGCAUAAUCUCCCUAAUGAGCUUUCGUGAAGAUCUAAACCAAAACAAAGGUGCUACUGCAGAAGCAAUCAAUGCCUUGAGAACAUACAAGUUGAAAACGAAGAAGUCCCGUAACGGCGAGGGGAUUGAAGUCGGCGGCGGAGUUGUUGCUGCUGGAACAAACAAGGAGCGGUUUGUUUCUGCUGAAGAUGCUAUUUGCUGUAUCUGCCUAGCAAGAUACUCGAACAAUGAUGAUCUCCGAGAGCUUCCUUGCACCCACUUCUUCCACAAAGAAUGCGUAGACAAAUGGCUCAAGAUAAACGCGCUGUGCCCCCUCUGCAAAGCUGAGAUAGACAGUGGCCCGACAAUUGCUCCUGCCAUUGGCUUUGGGCGUUGCCACAGUGACAACAGGGUAGGAAAUGACAUCGAAUCGCAGCUGUAA